GCUGGCUGGCUACCACUUGUCGGCGAUAUGUAACCUGGAAUUUCAAUUCACAUGUCGAGGCAUUCACCAGGUUUGCUUUUGUAAUUAAACCAUUGUGAAGGGUGCUCUAGCUACAUUCACGCUGUUACUGAGCUCGUGAUGCGGUAUAUAUUGAGCCAAGUGUAGCCAUUUUGCUAUAGACAGAUCAUUAUCCCGAUCGUUCAAAUAACACCACCAUUCGAGCUGCUGAUAAUUAGCUGAUAGGCAAAGCCACAUUUGGACUUUUGACAUUCACAGGAAAUUAAGCCUCAAAGAUGUACCGAUUAGGCAUUAACGACCUUCUGCAGCAAUUCAGUGAUGGCUCCUUGACAUGCGAGGCCUACACAAAACGAGUCAUCCAACGAGUCCAGGACCUGAAAGUCUUCAACUACUUCGUCUCCAUGAAUACGGAUCGGAUGCUGAAGGAUGCCCAGGAGGCAGAUGCCAGGUACAAGAACAAGACCAACAGGCUUCUUGAAGGCAUCCCGAUCGCCAUGAAGGAUAACAUCGACAUCGAAGGCGAGCCGACCGAAGCAGGUACCCCUGGUCUCGCCGGCCUGAAGCCCAAACACACGGCCGAGGUCGCUCGGAGGUUGUUCGAUGCCGGGGCCAUCCACGCCGGUCGAGCUAACAUGCACGAGCUGGCUUUUGGAAUCUCAAGCUGCAACGCUCAUAAAGGGCCGUGCCACAACUUCCACAAUUUUGACUACACCUGCGGGGGAAGUAGCGGCGGCAGCGGAGGGGCGGUCUCUGCUGACAUCGUCCCGGCUGCUCUGGGUACCGACACUGGUGGGUCGAUCCGGAUACCCUCCUCGUACAACGGGGUCUUCGGUCUGCGACCGACCAGCGGUCGCUGGCCGGCUGAUUACGGCGCCAAAAUGUCUCAUGUGAGAGACUCAGUGGGUCCCCUGGUACGCAGCGCCGUGGAUAUUGCGAUCCUCGACGGCGUCAUGACUGGAGAACAACCCCACGAGGAACUGAAACCGGGGCAGAUCAGGAUCGGGGUGCCCCGACCUCAGUUCUGGGAAGGUCUAGACGCCGAAGUGGAGGAGUACGCAGAGCGGUUUUUGGUCAGGCUGAGGGAGACGGGCUUUGGCAUUGUAGAGGUACCGGAGGUUCCCGGGUCGAGGGAGUUGCUGGAAAAAUACUUUAUGGUGACCAUCAACCAAGAGGUUAUACCUCGGCUGGAGGAGUAUCUGAGCUACCACGGCCACAACGUCACAGCGCAAAGCGUCAUCGACAAGAUCGCCUCCCCAGAUGUGAAGGGAUACUUUCGAUACGUACAGGAAAAUCCCCCGACCGAAGAGGAAUACAAAAAGGCAAUGGCUGCCAGGGAAGAGGCCAGGAAGAAUCUGAAGACCUACUUCGAGGACCACCGCCUGGACUGCAUCCUGGUCCCGGCCAACAAGAUCCCGCCGCCUACCUUACGCGCCUUCGAGGAUCGAAACUCCGAGCUCGUUGGGCUGAUCACGCAGAAUGACGACUUCGGCAACAUCUGCAAUAACCCUUCGCUGGUUAUUCCCGGAGGGUUUGCGCGGCGUAGCGGUGUUCCCUUCGGCAUGCAGAUCGAGGGAUACACGGGCAGUGACAGGCGGGUGAUCGCCGUGGCGGUAGCUAUUGAGAAAGCGCUGAACUUGUAAACAUUCAAACAGCGAACUAUCACGUGCCGUGGACUCAAAAUUAAUGCCCGCAUAAACAUGUGGGAAAAUAUUUUUGAAAAUAGGGCCUGAAUGGUAGAGGCCGGUUUAUACGUCAUGCGAAUGCGAAGCGAAUAGAGCCUGAUAGACCGGCAGCAUUUUGUCUAUGGGCUUCUAGACCCGCGCGAGGGCCCUCGCCCGACCCGCCUUUUGGCUUUUUAAUUUUUUUGUUUUCCAUUUAUUACAAUAUUGCAAAUCUAGUUAUUACAAUCUUUAGAAAGUACAUAGAUAACAAUCGUAAAUGAUAUACACAACAUUAAUUAAUAUAUUUAAGAACCAUAGGUUAUAAUAAUAUGGUUUUAUCAUUUUGAAUAUACUUAAUUAUACAAGUGUAAACAGCAGUAAGCAUAUUAAUUAAAUAGAUAUAUACAGUUAAGUCAUAAAAUGUUGCCAGAAGUCUUUUUUUUUCUUUUGUAACUUUGCCCUAAAUAAUAGCUCUGUAAUGAACACAUUAAAAAUAUUUAUCCUUUUAUAUUCUAUACUCAUUUUGAUUCGUGCUUUAUGUAAUGAAAGCAUUGCUAUCGUAAUUAUUAAAUGAACCUCACGUCUUCAAUCAAAACCUGUUAAUAGGUUUGACAAUGUGAUAAAACUACUUUUUGUUUUUUUCUUGACAAUGUCGGUGUGAUAAAACUACUUUUUGUUUUUUUCUUGAUAGUAAACCUUUAAUUGAUUCCAGAAUUCAAUUGUUUGUAAACAGAAUGCGUGUUUAUAGCCGUCAAUCGUGUCACACAUUGAGCAUAACGGACUAUUCUCAAUUUUCCAUUUAUACAAUAAAUCUUUCGUUGCUAUUAGACGAUGCAUGAGUCUGUAAUUGAAGUUUCUCAACUUUAUUUCUUUAAUGUCGACUAUUUUCUUUUUUCCAUGUGGAAGUCCAAUUAAUCUUUACCAAGUACGUUUUCCCACCACGAUUCAACCUGAGGUGUUUUACUUCUUUCGUCUAUCAAUUUAUUAUAAAUAUUUCUAGUUGUAAUGUAUUCUAGAUUACCUAGACUAGGAUAAACAUGAAGUUUAAUAUCAACACCGAUCUUUUCUUUACUGUCUACUAUCAUUGGUAACCAGUCUUUUGGUAAGGCUCUUUUUAACAUGAAUAUUUCGACUAACCAAUCCCGUUUUGUAGUCAACUUUGUUUUAAGAUAGUUCAUAGAAAAUACCCCAUCUUCAUUAAACAGAUCAUUUACAUAAAUAAUGUUAGAUUUUAUACAACUACGGAAAAUAGUAUUUUACCAUUGAAAGUUA